AUGAGCACCUUAUCAAACCUCUUAUCACAGCUGAAAGGAGAAGGCGGUGGUGGUUCUUCUGGUCAGAAUCGGCCCAGAACUGUGGAUCCUGCUGUUGCAAGAUUGAAAGCAGAAAGGAAGAUGGAAAGAGAGAAGCAAGCUCUUAAAGAGGCUCAGCAAGCCCAGGAAGCUCGGGAAAGGCGAAGAAUUAGUCAUGCUACCCAGAUAGGUUUGAGACCAACCAGUAAAGCUCCCAAGAUCAAUUCUCAGAGACCCCCGUUGUCAACAUCCAGAUCAAGACCUACUCCCCCUCCAUCCGCUAGACAAAAAGUUGAAACAAAAUCCUGCAAACCUACUAAACCACUCAAUUUUGGCGAUUUAAUGAAAAAGGCAGAAACGAUAGACUCAUCUCAGUUUGCUAUAGCUAAUAAAGUAGUAGUCACCCCUAAGAAAACUAACGAAGUACCCAGAAAGAGAAUCGUGCGUUCACAACCCCAAGAUAAUUUGGAGGCAUCCCAGAGAGCAAGCAAAAAGCCAGCCCAGCUGUACCAAGAGGGCGGCAGUCAAAUUUCCCGAACUGCACCUAGACAGACAUCUACAAGGGACAUUCAAAAGUCUUUGAAGGACAACCAUGCUAGACGUUCAAAACCUCCGGUGGCUAUGGUUCCCCCACCAAUAGCUAAACCUUCCGCUAAAUUAGCUGCAAAAUUAGCCGCUAGGAGAAAAAAGAAUGCUAGCAAGGCUCAGAGAUACGAUUCAGAUGUGGAGUCUGAUUUGGAUGGUUUUAUUGAUGAUGAUGAAGAUGAUGAAAACCAGUACAAUGAUCAAGGAUAUGAUAGAAAUGAAAUCUGGAGCCUCUUCAGUAGAAAUGGAAAGAGGAGGUACGAUUAUGACGAUGAUGAGUCUGACGAUAUGGAAGCAAACUUGGAAGAUAUCGAGAGAGAGGAAAGAAUGGCAUUGAAGUCUGCAGUACUUGAAGACAAGAGAGAAUUAGAAAGGGAACAGCGCCUUAAAAAGGAAAAAUGGCAGAGGUUAAACCAGUUAAAGAAAUGA